AUGGAAUUAAGAAAGCUAAUAAAAGAGCAUUUGUAAUGAAAGAUUGUGAAUUAACUAAAAUUAGUGUUGAAGGAUAUAAAAAAGCUCAACUUAAAUUUUGGAGUAAAGAUGACUGGAUGAUGAAAACAAAUUUAUUUUUCAGUGGCUCAGAUAAUGUAAAGAAUUUUGUUUAUAUGGGAUUAUCACUUGAAAGUGAGUCAAAGAAAAAUGAAGAUUUUGAUGACAAAGUUUAUUCAGUAUAUGAAUAUACAGAAGUUGGAAAAGCACUUAUAAAAUUUCGGGAAUAUAUAGAACCAACAGAAGAAUUUAUUAAAGAAAUAAAAGAUGGCAUAAAAUCCGGUAAUCCAAAAAAAGAAUUUAGGAAAAUUAUGAAAGAAUAUGGACAAUUCAUUCCAACUGAAAUCAUUUUGGGAGGAAGAGUUUAUUUCAAAGGUGUAAACCCUGGAGCAAUAAUUUCUGUUCGUGAGUCUAAAAAAAUUAUGAGAACAAUUGGAGGAAAACAUCUUGGUGGUAAAACCUUUAAUGAAAAAUAUUGGAUGGAAUCUUUAAAUGAUUAUCAAAAUUGGGAUAUUAUAGAAUUAAAAAAUCCUAUUAUCAUAUUUAAACUUUUACCCGAAGAUAUGUAUAAAAAAAUAAUUUCUUCUCUCGGAAAAAGAAUUCUACAUAAACGUCAGAGGGACUAUUCAUGGAAUCCUGGAAUGACCAACAUCUAUGAUUUUAUUGAUGAAUUGUUGUUAAAAAUCGUUCAUAAAAAAGAUGCUGAUUGGGACAUUUUUGCAACAGUCAUUAAUGUUCACGAUUCAAAAGAUGUUUUUUUUAACUGUCAAAUUUUAAAAUCAGGAAAGACAAAACCAAGUACUUUAAUUCAUUGUAUUCAAAAAGAUUUUCAACUACGCGAAUAUAGUUUGAUGAUUGUUUAUGUGGUUAUCGGUUAUGAUACAGAUUUUAAAUACAUUUAUUCAAAUAAAAAUAAGGUUGAAUUAAGGAAGUUUGUUUAUGACACGGAAAAUUGCGAGUUUGAUAGUAUACCAUUACAGCGUGAACUUGUUUCAAUGAUAAGAGAUGGUAAUCCUUUCAUUGGAAUUCCUAUAUUAAAUAGUUUAAAUCCUUCAAAUGAAUCUCUUGUAAUUGGACAUAACUUUCGCAAGACAUCGAAUAAUGAAUUUAAAAUAGACUUAUUUUCUUAUUGCACAAAAACACAUCGUUACGUUAAUUUACCUAAAUUUACUUUUUAUACUCUUGUUAUUUUAAAUAAUGAUGUAAAUAAUCCUCCUUUUGAAUUUAUAAAGUGGGGAAACCCAUUUAUUAAUUAUAAAUACUCUUGGAAUAUCCCAUGCGCCAGUCUAUAUUUGAUAAAUGGUGAUAAUUAUAGUCCAAUUUUUUUAAAUCAAAGCCGUAAACAAUUUAACAUAGGAUAUGUUGAUUGUAAAUGUAAUAAAACUUGUUUUAUUUGUAACUACAAAACUAAAAGAAUAUCAAAUACCGAUCAAAUUAGUUGUACAAUAAUAAAUAAUUGGUGGUGAAAUGAUUAUGUAAUUUAAUUUAUCAAUAAAAAACAAUUUUAUGUAAACAAGAACAUAAAUCUUUUCAUUCUACAUUUCGAGAAAGUGACCCUUUCCAGAAUUUCUGCUUAUAAGAAGAUUCUAGUUAGAUAUAUACUAUCAAGAAUAAAAUGAGAUUAUUGGACCACAAAUUAACACCUUUAUAUGACAUACCGCGUUUUAAAUACCAUCGUGCACAAAUAUAAAUUUAAAUACUUUAAUGAUAAUAUAAAUGUUAACCAAAAUAAAUCAAAUAAAUACAACAACGAAAAUACAAAUCAAAAUAAACGUAAAUAUAAUAAUAAUGGUUAAAUUUAAUUAAUGAUAUCUUUUAAUUCAAGCAAAUUUUCCAUUUCUUCC